AUGAACUUAUUUGUAUUUUAUUUUUUCAGCAACACUAGCUUUGCCGUGAGCUCUUCGACUAGCUCUCCUAGUUCCAACUCACAGCAGUUCACUUACAGCAGUGAAGACAAGGUGACUUUCAGCGCAGGAUUGGCGGAAGAGAGGUCAACGAGAGAGAACCUAGUGGGAGUUAUGUCCGCAGAUUUGAACCAGAUGAGAUCUAUUCGCAUGUUUUUCUCAGACGAGCGAGAGACGAGUGGUCAAUUGGUGAUCGCAAGUUGUGAGUCACAGUAUAAAAUAUUCCAUUUUCACAACGGAGGACUUGACAGGUUGUCGUCCAUUUUGAAGUCGUAUCAAAACUGCUCGGAAAAGUCGCAGUACAGGGAAGACACAGGGCUUUGUUUUGAGUUUAGUGUCUCAAGUUUAACUCUGCCUUACUCCGAUUGUCAUAAAGAGGAGGGAAAGUAUGCAAAACUUACUCGGGAAAUGUGGUUGCAGUAUAUAAGCGAGAACGGCGUGAUCGAAAACGACAAGGAACUCCGAAAGCAUGUCUUUUUUGGAGGGGUCGACCAGUCUAUCCGUCGGGAGGUGUGGCCUUUUCUUCUGCAUUAUCUCUCAUUUCAACUCACGACUGCAGAACGAGCUGAAAUUUGUCGCGUGAAAGCAAAACAGUAUCAUGAAAUACAGAAACGAAGAGGAUCUAUGAGUGAAGCUGAUAUGGAGGUUUUCUGGCGUACAAUUCAGACGAUCGUGGAUAAAGAUGUGGUUAGAACGGACAGAAACAACCCUUUCUUCAAAGGGGAAUCGAACCCAAAUCUUCAACUUAUGAGAAGCAUACUACUGAAUUACGCAGUUUAUAACCCUAUUGUGGGCUACAUGCAAGGGAUGUCUGAUCUUCUCGGGCCGUUGUUAGUGGAAUUGAGGAACGAAUCGGAUGCGUUUUGGUGUUUUGUCGGUCUGAUGCACGCUACGAUAUUCAUAUCAAGUCCUACAGAUGAUGACAUGGAGUUGCAGUUGAUGUUGGUAAGAGAACUCAUCAAGAUUUUCUGUCAGGAUUUCUAUCAACACUUGGACUUUAUGGGGGACGACUCUUUGGAGCUGUUGUUCUGUCAUAGAUGGAUCUUACUGUGUUUCAAAAGAGAGUUCUAUGAGCAGGAUGCUCUGAGGAUCUGGGAAUGUUGCUGGUCCCGAUACGAAACAGACUACUUUCACUUAUUCGUUUGUGUGGCUAUUAUUAAAAUAUACGGCGACGAUGUGUAUCAGAAGAACCUGUCAGCCGACGACGUUCUGCUUCAUUUUAAUACUCUAGCAAUGCAUAUGAGUGUUGAUCUGGUUCUAAAGGUAGCAAGAGGCUUGGUUUAUCAGUUCAAAACUCUAACUACAAUACCAUGUGUGCUGCAAACUAUGUACCAAAGUGCAGAUUUGUAUACUACCUCUUUGCCUAUCAAUGUAAUUUGUGUGCAUAGAAACAAUCAUAGUAGCAAUUUCAGCACUUGUCCCUUCGAUAAACAGAAGAUUACUUCUGUUAAGAAUUAUUUUAAGGUGAAUUAA